AUGGCUCGUCGUCGUCCCGUCUCGAAACUCAUCAUCCUUACGCUUUCAAGUCUGAUCGCCUACAUAUCGAUUAUUAGCUUGGUCCGUGCCGUCAAGCCGUCUUUAUUUGUCUGGUCCGAAGAAGACCUGGAAGAAGCAGAAUGGCUGGCAACCUCAAAAUCAUGGUGGGACCGCAAGUUCUGCCGUUUCUUCGGGCUUUGCGGCAUUGCCCACGUUCGGCGGGACCACCCUGGCUCGAGGUCUGUUAAGAUAGUCCAAGAUAAUCAAUCGCUCAUGGAUGAUCGAGACGAGAGCUGGCGGAUGGACUGGACUGUUGCAGAGGAUAUUUCGGCAAACUGGACCAACGAUGAGAAAGUCCUGCGUGAAAUCCCGGAGUAUGUGCUAGAGUAUGCGCCUCUGGUGCACUUGUUUUCGGGCGAGAACUUCUGGCCGAGUGACAUUGCAGAGCAUUUGGUCUAUACUACUCCACAGUUGAACUACACCCCAGUCCAGGCCAAAUGGAAACACCCGUCACUGCAGGAUUUGAAUGAGCUGAACCGAUGGGAGCUGGGCAGAUACGUCUACCUCACGAGCGACGAUGAUGUGGAGACUCUGCCGGACUGGCUGGGAUCAGAGCGGAAUGUUCCCAUACCCCAACCCGGCGAACCAGUGGAACCUGAGGAACCAGACCACGAUACACCUGGCAAUAAGACCCCAGUUUUUAAUGAUUAUGAUGACCGCAACAAAUGGUACGAUGCUGGUGGCUGGGAUGAUCCUAUGGAUGCCGAGUCCGCAGAUCCAGAUGCAUUUGGAUUGAAGAUGGAUAGCGAAGAGCUCCGCAAAAGAUAUGCGGGCAAACCUAUUGAGCCUGUCGAGUCUGCUGAACAAGACAGUGAAAUAAGCCGUGGACGUAGCGACGCACCCGCUGUCUUGGUGGUCGUUGACAAGGGCAACGAUGUUAUAGAUGCAUUUUGGUUCUUUUUCUACAGCUACAACCUCGGAAAUACAGUUUUUGACGUCCGGUUCGGCAAUCACGUCGGCGACUGGGAGCAUACAAUGGUGCGAUUUUACAAGGGCCAUCCGAAGGCAUUAUUCUUGAGUGCGCAUACUGCUGGCGAGGCCUUUAGCUACGAGAGUGUUGAGAAGCGGGGUAAGAGGCCCGUUGUGUAUUCAGCAACUGGCACCCAUGCUAUGUAUGCCACCCCCGGGAUCCAUGAGUACGUUCUCCCCUGGGGACUGCUUCACGACACGACAGACCGCGGCCCGCUAUGGGACCCUCUUUACAACUCGCACUACUACACAUACGACUACCUAACAGAUGAUCUCCGCGCGUCAAAUCUUUCUCCACUCUCGCCAACCCAGUGGUUCUAUUUCAACGGUCACUGGGGAGACAAGUUCUACCAGCUAGGCGACCGACGACAGUACCGGUUCGCAGGACAAUACCACUACGUCAAUGGACCCCUGGGACCACGCUUCAAGCACCUCGGCCGCCGAAAAGUAUGCCAAGGACGCUUCGAACAUUCAUGCGUAAUCCGCAAUUCCGUCGAGGAGGACAAACGCCUCAAGCGCUGGGUUGGCGUGGGCGUCGGCGAAGAACCGGAGGAUGAAGAUCUGGGCUCGAUCAUGAGCCGUCGCGCAAAUGCGCUGAUGAUGAUGAAGAACCAUAACACGCUAUCUUCCGAACGCGAUUCAUCAUCAUUUAGGUAG